ACAAUGAUUGGUUGUAGUUUUCAAUUUUAAUUUAUAAUUUUUUUUUAAUAUCUUUAAGAAAUAAUGCUUAGAUUAAUCUAUCUUUUGAAUUUAAUAAAAAUAGAUUUUCAAAUAAAAUAAAAAGAGUGAUAUAAAAAAUUACUAUUUAUUAUUGAUCAUUACUUAUACUUAAAGUUUAUAUAUAAUAUACUUUUAGACAUUUACGGUUACAAGUAUAGUGAUUUUUAUUAACGAAGACAUUAAUUUUAGUAAAAGUUUUAUAUAUUAUAAAAAUAUACAUACAUACACACGUACACACACGUGCACACACAUACACACACAUAUAUAUAUAUAUAAAUAUAACGUUUUUCAUAUUUAUAUUAUUAUAUUUUUUUAAAUAUUUUUGUAUAAUAUUAUUUUAGAAUUCUGAAUGUAGCUCUUUAUUUUCUAAUCAAAAUACAUAACCUAGUUCUUUAGUUUCUUAAUUAUUUUAUAAUAUAUUUUAUAAACUCUAUCAUCAAUAAAAUAUCAAUAAAAUAUCAAAAUUAAAAAUUACAUUAGAUUUAUAAAUAUUUUAAAAAAAUAAAAAAUUAAAAAAUAAUUUAUAUUUAUUAAUUUAUAAUAAAGUACCAAAUCACUAAAGUUGUAAUGGGAGAGAGUCAGUGGAAUGAUUGGAAACCUUUUAUUUACGGAGGUUUAGCUUCAAUUUUUGCAGAGUUAGGUACUUUUCCUUUGGACACAACAAAAACACGUCUUCAAAUUCAAGGACAAAAAUUAGAUCAAAGAUAUGCACAUUUAAAAUAUUCUGGUAUGACUGAUGCUUUAUUUCAGAUAUCAAAACAAGAAGGUUUCAAAGCUCUAUAUUCUGGAAUCAGUUCAGCUAUUUUAAGACAAGCUACUUAUGGAACUAUAAAAUUUGGUACCUACUAUUCUUUAAAAAAAGCAGCAAUGGAUAAAUGGGAAACAGAUGAUUUAGUUAUUAUAAAUAUUAUUUGUGCUGCUUUAGCUGGUGCUAUUUCAAGUGCUAUAGCUAAUCCUACUGAUGUAGUAAAAGUACGUAUGCAAGUAACUGGAAUCAAGUCAAAUUUAUCAUUAUUUGGUUGCUUUCAAGAUGUAUAUCAACAUGAAGGUGUUUGUGGUUUAUGGAAAGGUGUAGGACCUACUGCCCAAAGAGCAGCAAUUAUUGCAGCUGUAGAACUACCUAUAUAUGAUUAUAGUAAAAAAAAAUUUAUGAUUUUAUUAGGAGACAGUGUUAGUAAUCACUUUGUAUCCAGUUUUAUAGCUAGUAUGGGAAGUGCAAUUGCUUCUACUCCUAUAGAUGUUGUUCGUACACGUUUAAUGAAUCAGAGAAGGAUACGUACUACAGGUGGUACAUUACCACCACAUAUUUAUAAUGGUAGCAUAGAUUGCUUUGUACAGACUUUUAAAAAUGAAGGAUUUUUAGCUUUAUACAAGGGUUUUGUACCUACUUGGUUUAGAAUGGGACCAUGGAAUAUAAUAUUUUUUAUAACAUAUGAACAAUUGAAAAAACUAGAUGAAUAAUGCAUUGGAUUAUUCAAGUAAAUAAUAAUAAAUGAAAAAAUAUGUAUGAACAUACGAUAAAACAAUUGUAACUAGAGUUUGUAAUGAAUAUUUGUAUUAUAUAAUUUAUUUUUAUGAAAUUUUAUUUAAACAUAUAAAAAAAGCUAUGUAGAAAAAAUAACAAAAAUAAAUAGAACUUAUUUUUUUUAAUUAUA